AUGGACAAUGCACCAGUACUUCCAGGAAAGAGCAGCCUGGGGCAGGGCAUGGGCAGCCCAUCCCAGCUCCCACCCAGCAAGAAGGAGAGCACUGCUUGUGCUGGGCAUCCCAGUGGGGAGAGAGACCCGGUGCCUGCUGGGGAGGGAGUGGGCAGCCCUUCUGCCUGCACAGACUGCAGCACUGUGGCUGCGAGUGGCCAGCUGGGGGCUAGCGAGGAGCCGGCAAGUGGAUCAUGGGAUGGGGCACCCUCAGAGAGCCAGGAGCCCCCCCUGGAGCUGCUGUGCCGUGGUGUAGAGGAACUCUCACCUGCAGCCUGGGCUGAGGAGCCAGCAGGGGCAGAUGAGGACACAGGCUUGCCACAGCAGCACCAGUGCAGCGAGGAGUCCAAGGAGGAGGAGAGAGGUCUCCACAGCAGCUCCCCAAAGGAAGGGCAGACCAGCACCAGCACUGGAACCCCAAACCAGGCCAGCCUGGGUGCUGAGGAGAGCUGGGACAUGCUAUUCAAUGAUGAUGGAGACUGCCUGGACCCGCGCCUGCUGGAGGAGGUACGUCCUAAGCGGCGGGAGAGCCUGCAGUCAUCCCGCUUUGACUACUAUGGGGCUGAGCCCGCUGCACCAGACAUCAGUGAUGAUGAGCUGCCCCACGUCAUCGAGAUCUAUGACUUCCCCUCAGAUUUCCGCACUGAGGACCUGAUGCGUGUCUUCUGCAGCUAUCAGAAAAAAGGCUUUGAUAUUAAGUGGGUGGAUGAUACACAUGCCCUGGGUGUCUUCUCCAGCCCCAUAACAGCACGCGAUGCCCUCAGCACCAAGCACCUGAUGGUGAAGACACGUCCACUUUCCCAGGGUACCCGUGCCUCUAAAGCCAAAGCCAGGGCAUAUGCUGAAUACCUUCAGCCGGCCAAGGAGCGCCCCGAAACAUCAGCUGCCCUGGCCAGACGGCUGGUGAUUGGUGCCCUGGGAGUCCGCAGCAAGCAGACACCAGCCCAGCGAGAGGCUGAGCGGAGGAAGCUGCAAGAAGCCCAGGAGAGGAAGCGCCUGGAGAAUAAGCAGCGGGAGGAUGCCUGGGAGGGCAGGGACUGA